AUUGACAUUGAUAAAUUUAUCAAAUUAAGCAUGAAUUUGAUAGCUUUGUUUAAAAUUAAAAGUUAAAAAUGAUUAUCUUUUUAAAAAACAUUAAAAGUUGUUUGUGCAUACUGAAUUAUAUUAUUUAUGUUUAUAAAUAAUUUAUAAUUAAAAAGAGAAAUGACAUCGGUUACUGUUAUUGUAUUGGUUUAUUAUCUCUGUUUUAUGAAUAAAGUAUCCACAGUUAUUGUUCCACAAGAUCCAGAAUGUAGCAAGCCACUUGGUCUUGAGAGUAAAAAAAUUCUUGAUAAUGCAAUAUUUGCACCACCAAGUGCUGUUGCUAGCGGCAAAGAAGGAUAUUAUGCUCGUUUGAAUAAUAAAUUAGCUUGGUGUAUACCAAACUCACCUAAUAGUAAAGAUUCUGUUUUUAAAGAUGAUGUGUAUAUAACUAUAGAUCUUAUUGACGAAUAUCAGAUCACUGCAAUAUCUCUUCAAGGAUACAAGUUGUAUAGUGUUGGCCCGAUGAUUAGAAUUUCCUAUGAGAUUCUAGAUCAUGGAUUUUUUGAAUAUAAGACAAAAAAUGAUGAGUCAGAUAUUCAUGUGCAGCAAAGUGUAAAUGAUGAUUAUCAGUAUUUAAUAUUGGAUGGGUCAAUUUUUACAAGAAAAAUUAAAGUGUAUCUGCUGACUGAUGCAAACAUUAAAUGUUUACGCAUGGAGCUAUAUGGGUGCAACACCACAGCAUUUAAGGAAUAUGCUGGUUGUCCAAACAAAAGUAAUCCAGUGCUAACUGAGGAAUUUAAUAAUAUAAGCUUGUUUACAUCAUCAGCAUAUCUUUCAGAAAGGAAUACUUAUAAUGGUUUAGGCCUACUGUUUUCGAAAAAAAUUGCUUGGUGUAUUAAGGCUGAUAAGAUUAAUGAAGACAAAUUUGGAGAGUAUACUACUAUAAAUCUCAUAAAUGAAUAUUUGCUUUAUGGUUUGCAGGUGGAUGGUUAUCGAGAAAAUAAUAAAUUAUAUUUAGCAUCUUACUUCAAAUUGGAUUACAGUUAUGAUGGUGAAGUUUGGGCUAAUUUCUAUGGUGGAAUGAAAUUUUUGAGUUCUCAAUAUCAAAGCAAAACUUUAGAAAUACAAAUUCCACUAAUUGCAAAAUUUCUUCGCAUUCGCAUGUCAGAAGAAUUUGAAAAUAUAACAUGUAUAAAGCUUCAAGUUUAUGGAUGUCAAGCAAUUUUGGCUAAAGAUGUCAUAACUCCAACACUAAUUUCAUCUACUAAUACUAAUACAACAACUACCUUACUACCAUUUCAGAAUAAAGUUCGCAUUCAGUAUUACAAAAUGAAGCAAGGAAGUACCUAUCAAGGAAUUCAAUUUAAAGAUGAUAAAUAUGAUGGAUAUGUAGUGAACAAUGAACUAGAUAAAGGUACUGGCUGUUUAGUGGAUGGCUUGAAACCUAUGACAAACCCUUUUUCUUAUCCAACGUGUUGGCUUGGGUGGCAUAAAAAUGUGGAACCCAAACCGUUUAUCUAUAUUACACUGACUAGAAGUUCAUUUGUAAAUGGUAUCCGUUUAAAUACUUACAUUAAUCAAAGUGCAAAAGCUUCACCAAUAAAACGAUUUUCGCUUACAUCAAAUAUUCAUUAUGAAAUGCUUAAGAAUCCUUUGUAUGCUUGCACACCUGAUUUUAUCUAUGCAUUGAAAUCUCAAGAGUUUGAAUUUGUGUUGGAUAUUGGUCUAUUGGAGUUACAAUACUUACGACUUGAGAUGGAUUAUUCUGAGGACUGGAUAUUUGUCCGACAAAUUGAACUAAUUUGGGAUGCACUUCCAAGUACUUCUAUAAAAAUGAUUUCCACAGUUGUUGAGUGUGUUGUUCCAACUAAAACACCUGUAGGUAUUGAAAGCUCCUCUUCAAACAAUAUUGUCAUGAUAAUAAUAGUUUUAAUGGUAAUUCUUCUGAUUUUUUUGACUGUGUGUGUUCUUUAUCGCUGCCGAAAAAAUUUAAGGCAUGUAAUAUGGAAAACUCCAAAAUCAAAACCUAUUGUUGUUCGCGCUAAAUAUGGAAGAGAUGAAGUCUCAUUUCAUGGCCGAGAAGAUUCUAGUCGAUCGACCUUAGGAUUAUUGCACAAUAACGAUUUAAAUUGUAAUGAGGAUGUUUAUGCAGCCCCAGAUAAGCCAGUAAAAUCAGGAUAUACUGAAGUAAAUGUGCAAUAUGCACAAUACUCUGCACCUGAUGAAGGCACUAAAGAUGGUACAAUUCACUACGCUGAUGCAAAGCGGUAUGCUGAACCUAACAGUGUUCCUCCAACUAUUGUAUCAAAUGCUAUAUACCAAACUAGUGCAAUCUAUGCAAGUACAUACGAAAAUCCUUAUAAAGCAGUUAUUGCUUCUAGCUUAUAUUCGGAUCCUGCCAAAUGGACCAAACAGAAAGCAUCAAUCAAAAUUUUUCCGCGCUCUCAGUUAACAUUCAAGGAACGCAUUGGUGUUGGUCAAUUUGGAGAAGUUCAUAUUGCUGUAGCAAAAGGUCUAGAUGAAAUAUAUGGUACAAUAGGACAUUACAAUUCUUGGGGAUUAACAGAUACUGCUUUAGUAGCUGUUAAAAUGCUUAAAUCAAAAGAUGAGAACAUUACAUCUGAAUUUAUGAAAGAAGUUGAAAUAAUGUCUCGUUUAAAACAUGAAAAUGUUGUACGGUUACUUGGUAUUUGCAAUUAUGAUACUUCCAGUGCAUCCAGUGAUAAAUUGAUGGUUGUUGAAUACAUGGAAAAUGGCGACCUAAAUCAGUAUUUGCGCGAAAGACAUCCUGUAUCUGCUGACAGUGUUCGUAUAAGCCAGAUUUCUCCAGAUUCGCUUUUGCCAGAUCAAUUAUUACACAUCGCUGAACAAAUUGCUGCUGGUGUUAAAUAUCUUCAUUCAGAGGGAUUUGUUCAUCGUGAUUUAGCCACAAGGAAUUGUCUUGUAGGACCUGCUCUUCAAGUUAAAAUUUCUGAUUUUGGUAUGAGUCGUUAUUUGUAUUCUAAACAAUACUACAGAAUUGAAGGCAAAGCAGUGUUGCCUAUCAGGUGGAUGGCACCGGAGUCUUUAUUUUACGGAAAAUUUACGCAGGAAACAGAUGUAUGGAGUUUUGGUGUAACAUUGUGGGAAAUUUUAACAUUUGCCCGACAAUCUCCUUAUGAAAAUCUUUCAGACCAGCAAGUUAUAUCUAAAGCUUGUGAAGCUGUCCAAAAUCCUAAUUCUCUGUUUCCCCUUUUAUCAAAACCGAGCUAUUGUCAACCUGAAGUAUACGCCGUCAUUUGUAAAUGCUGGGAUAUGAAUCCUGAAAACAGACCUACAUUUACAUUUUUACAUCGGUUUUUUAAAGAAAUUGUGAAUAGUGUUGAAUUAGCGGUCUAAGUGACAGAAAAAUUGCGUAAAGUCGCGUGUAAAAAAAUGGAUUAAACGAAAAUUGAUAAAAUUGGCAGUC